GUCGCGAGGCGCCAGGUCGGGGGCCAGCUCGGCAGAGCGCCCGCCAGCAUCGAGGAGAUGGUCAUGACGGAGUCCAUCCUCGAUCGCCUGUCAGCCAACGACGCGUGCGCGUCUGAGUCGGUUAUCGCGGCCGACCGCGAGCAGGACGACGGCGAGCCGCCAACGUUGCUGUCCGGGCCCGGCUGCGAGACGGCGGCGCAGGGGGGUGCCGCGGAGACCAUGCGCCGCCCCCCGGCCCCCUUGCGGGCGAGGCUGGCGACGGGCUGGCCGGUGGGGGUGGCGAGCGCGGAAACCGUAAGUGCGGCCGCGGAGGUCGAGGUAGCUUCGACGGUCGCCGUGGGCGAGGAUGAGAUGGCGGGCGCGAACGGCGCGCCCGAAGGGCGAUGGGCCUCUUCGCCGGCGGCAGUGGGUGCGUCGCUGGCACGCGACAGCCCGAGCGAGAAGCCGGACAGGGCAGGCAGUUUUGCUGGGCGAGCCCGUCGCAAUUUCAAUGACGUGGUGGAUGCUUUGAAUUGGCUUGCCAAUUGUAAAGAGACGGCCACUUGGCCGAGUUUUGAUCAACAGGUUGUGCACGCGCGGAUCCUUGACCUGGUGCCCCCCACCGCCGUCCUCGGAGACCGCGGUGGCCUCCCCCCGCGGGCAUCCUUCAACGAGCUGAUGCACGGCCGCUGUGUCCAUGGCGAGUCGGCUGGAUGGGACUCUGGGCGUCUUCGCGGUGCGGGGCAGAUCACUUUGCCUAAG